AUGGCUUACUUCUGGACACACUCACCCACCUCCGCUCAUCUUGUUACUCCUCUCGUCAACCCCUUCCUUCUUCUAAUCCUUCCUACAAACUCCAUCACCACAACCCUCACCCCCAAUAAUCCUCGGCAGACACCACCCCCUGGCAUCUCUCUCGGUCACUCUCUCCCCGAACACCACAAUCCCGCCCUCCUCCUCCCGUUGCUCCAUGGCCCUCCCCACGAGCGCCAGCGCCCCGUCAUCGCCGAGCAACACCCCGGCCACUCUCCCCAUGGGAACCCAAUCCCCCGCGUCCUCCCCAGUAAUGAUCCUCCUCGCCGAACCCGGCCUGCGGAUCAGGCACACCCGCCCGAGCCGCCUGCACCGCCCGCACGGUGCCGACGGCGUCACCCUGGUGAACGUGCAUGGCGUGCCCGCGAGCGUGCAGUGAAGGCACUUGCCCGGUGUGUGGUCGCGGAAGUAGACUGGGGGCAGUCUGGCCCGGGCUGCGGCGAGUUCGGCGUCGGUUCUUGGGAGGGCGGGGAGACCGUCGACGUAUCGCAGUUUCGACGGCUGGGCUAG